CGUCGCGUUUUGUGAUUGGAAGCGAUUAGCGCGUUCCGCGCUGGUAGAUUAGCAUCCUGCCUUGAUUCUUCCAUAUUCCGCUUGUAACAGUAUAUGCCAUCGGGAGUACCUCAAGAAAAUGUGGGUGGGGUUAAGACGAGCAAGUGCUCACCACACGCGAGAAGUUCUUGGAAAGGGAACACAAACACGUCGGGGGAGAAACGGAAGCCGACUACGAUGCCAUCUGCUGGUCGUCUGCUGCUGCCGCCGGAGUCGUCUGUUCGCGGGCGUGCUGGCGUCGUCUGCUUGUUUCCGUUGGUCCGUAUCUCCGACGGUGCUCCCUCCUCCCCCCUUCGAGACUUCUAAUCGGCCGGCCCGCGGUUCCAAGCCGCCGAGAUAGCGGGUGUCCCAGCGCCGUUUCUCAGUCCUCGUCUUGCCACCAUGGCGUACGGAAGGUGGCCGACGUGCACGGUGCUGUUCCUCCUGUUCGUAGGUUCAGUCAACUCGCUCUCCGAGUCCGACCUGUUCCCGUACGGGGUCAACCAGGACCAAAGCCUUCCGCGAGAGAAUGACAUCAGCUCAGCCGAGGUCCAACUAAGCACUCCCAUCACCUUUUACGGCACCGAAUACUCCACGCUCUACGUCAACGACAACGGGAUCGUGUCCUUCCUGACCGAGGUGCCGAGCUUCUUCAGCGCCCCGUUCCCCCUGACGUACCCGAUCAUGGCGCCACUCUACUCGGACGUGGACACCCGAGCCGCGGGUCGCGUCUUCUACCGCGAGACCCAGGAGCCCUCGCUGCUGGCUCGCUUCGAGCAGCUGGUCGGCGCCAACUUCGCGGCCGGUGCCUCGUUCCGCGCGCGGAGCCUGUUCGUGGCCACGUGGGACGGCGUCGGUCCCUACGAGCGCAAGGCGGACCAACGCAACACCUUCCAGCUGGUCGUCGGCUCCGAGCCCGGCCGGGCGUACGCGUUGCUCCUGUACCCUCGUGGGGGCGUACAGUGGGUGCAGGCGGACCCCAAGAGCCCCGCGCUGCCCGACGCCAAGGCGCAGGCCGGAUUCAUGGCCGGCGACGGCCGACGCUUCACCGCGCUCCGGGGAUCCGGCACAGACCACGUGGUCAACCUGGACAAGAUGAGCAACACGGCCGUGCCGGGCCAGUGGCUGUACCAAAUCUCGGGCAGCGAAGUGGUUGGUCCCGACCUGGUCAACGCCGAAAUGCUCAGCGAGGGAGCCACCUGCACGGCUGCCCGAGAGCCCUGCCCCCCAUCCAGCGUCUGCCAUGACUACGACACCGGCUUCUGCUGCCACUGCGACCGCGGGUUCUUCGGCAACGGAAAGAACUGCAUCGCCAACAGCUCGCCGCACCGCGUGUCGGGCAAGCUGACGGGCUCGCUGAACGACGCGCCCAUCGGCAACGAGGUGGACUUCCACUCGUACGUGGACACGCCCAACGGUCGCACGUACACGACGCUGAGCCGGGUGUCGCCACCGUCACUGGGCAGUGACCUACGAGCACUGCUCGCACUGGGCGACGUCGUCGGCUGGCUGUUCGCCCUGCCGCAGGGAGAACGGGCACGCAGCGGAUUCGUCCUCACCGGCGGCGAGUGCAACCUGACCUCGGAGGUGCGCUUCAAGCAGACGGGCCACCACGUGACCAUCCGCGGCCACUUCCAGGGCUUCGACGUGUUCAACAUGAUGAAGGUGCGCCUCGAGGUGCGCGGAAGCCUUCCCUCGGUGGCCCAAGGCAUGGGCGUCACCGUUGAGGACUUCACGCAGGACUACAACCUCCUCAGUCCGGGGCUGGUACAGUCGCACCUGUCGCACUCGUUCCAGCUGGAGGGCAGCUCCCUACCCAAAGAGUACACGGUGGACACGACCGUGUCGUUCGGCCAGUGUCCACACAUGCCUCCAGGGGCGCCGCAGCAACGCGUUCACGUCUCGCGCAACUUUAUUGACUUCAACGACAAGGACAGCAUCGUUCGCUACGCGCAGACCACCAAGGUCACCGCUGUCGACGGUAGCGACCCGUGCCAGGGUGUCGAGUGCGGCGAGCACAGUCGCUGUGUGCCGGACGGCGCCGAGACGCGGUGCCAGUGCGACGUUGGCUACGAGACGCUCACGCUGCCCCAGCGGGCGUCGACCGCUUGCGUGGACGUGGACGAGUGCCAGAGUGGCCGCCACAACUGCCACGUGCUCGCCGAGUGCGCCAACACGGACGGAGGCUUCGCCUGCCGAUGCCGCCCGGGUUACACGGGUGACGGCGUCAGCUGCCAGCGGCUGGAGGCGCCGACGUGUGCCUCCCUGCGCUGCGAUCCGGCGGCCGAGUGCGUACAGCCGAGUCCUCGCCACCCUCCGCAGUGCCGCUGCCCGGUCGGCUACACUGGAGACGGCAGCACGUGCGUGCCGGCCGCCACCGACUGCCGACAGAGGCCGCUCAUGUGCGACGAGAACGCGCAGUGCCAGUACGACGCCCCGACCAGGACGUAUGGAUGCAAGUGCCGCACGGGUUGGCGAGGCGACGGCAGCUUCUGCGCCCAGGAGUCAUGUCUCGAGGCCAACGACUGCCACUCGGACGCGCGAUGCGUGUACGAUCAUCAGGUGGACUCGUACUACUGCGCCUGUAACCCGGGUUUCUCGGGCGACGGCUACGUGUGCUACCCGCACGGCGGAGCCCAGAGGCCCGGCUGCAACGUCGUGGCCGACUGCCACCCGCGCGCCCACUGUGUCUACAACACCUCCGCGGGACAGCACCAGUGCCGGUGCAUGCCGGGAUACCGCGGCGACGGCUACCAGUGCGUGCACAGCCGAGAGUCCGGCUGCGAGACGACCAGCGACUGCGCCCCCGUGGGCGGCGCCUGCGUGGCGACAGCGGACGGUCGCCGCGAGUGCCGCUGCCUGGAGGGCUUCGAAGGCGACGGUCGACGCUGCCAGCCGCUGGACGAGUGCUCGACGGCCGACCAGUGCGACGCCAACGCCCAGUGCGCGUACGAUGGCCAACGCUACCGAUGCGUCUGCGCCCACGGCUACCGAGGCGACGGCCGGACGUGCAGGCCGCCGGUCGACCACCCCGGGGCGGCGCCGUGCGACUGCGGCCCGUACGCGCGAUGCGUGUUCGACCCUUCGACGCAGUCGCAACGCUGCGUCUGCGAGCCCGGAACGGAAGGCGACGGCUACGUGUGCCGUCCGACGGCGGCGCGGCCGCUGUCCUGCCAGGACGACCCCGCGCUGUGCUCCAGGAACGCCGACUGCGUGCCCGCCGAGUCGCAGGGCCACGUGUGCCAAUGCCAACCGGGAUUCACCGGCGACGGGCGCACGUGCGCGCCGGCGCCCCGGGCCACGGGAGAGGAGUACCUGCUGUUCGGCCAGGGCAUGUCCAUCCUACAGAUGCCGCUCGAGCCGAGCAAGAGUAGCCCGGGAAGGCUACUCCUGAUGGAGCCGCAUCAGACGGUGGUGGGCAUCGCGGCCGACUGCGUCGAGCAGCGCAUCUACUGGACGGACGCCGCGUCGGGCGCCGUGAGGCGCGCCUUCUACAACGGGUCGUCGGCCGAGGUCUUCCGGGCGGGACUGCGGUCGCCCGAAGGCGUCGCCCUCGAUUGGGCCUCGCGCAACCUCUUCUGGACGGACUCGGUCGACGACACGGUCGAGGUUGCCUCCCUGGACGGCGCCUACCACCACGUGAUCGUCAACACGGGGCUCGUCAACCCCAGGGGCAUCGCUGUGCACCCGGCGCUCGGGCGUCUGUACUGGAGCGACUGGGACCGUCGCUCGCCACGCAUCGAGUCAUGCCACAUGGACGGCUCCGGCCGGCUGGUGCUGGUCGAGGGCGGCGGCCUGGAGACGCCCAACAUGCUGGCGCUCGACCUGGAGCACAACGACCUGUGCUGGGCGGACGCCGGACGUCGCACCAUCGAGUGCGUCAACCUGAACGGCCUCGGCCGACGGGUCGUGUACACGCCGGCCCAGUACCCGUUCGGCCUGGCCGUAGCUGCCGGGAAGGUGUACUGGACAGACUGGACAAUCCCGUUCAUCCACGUGGUCGACCGGAACGGAGGCACGGCGGAGCCCCUGAAGCUGCCGCUCGGCGGCAACGGCAAGCUGUACGGCAUCACCGCGGUCUCGGAAAAGUGUCCGCAGCUGGCCAAUGCCUGCAGCCACCUGAACGGCGGGUGCCGCCACCUAUGCCUUCCCAGUGGACAGUGGGGACGCACGUGUCAUUGCGGAGGCAACAGCACGGCAUGCAACGAAGUCAGCGCCUGAAGCUUGGUGUGCGCUGACCGAGCCCGGCUUUCUUACGAUGAAAAAACAAGCAUUUUUCGUUCCCGGCCAUUACAUUUUUGCUCGAAAAUCAGGGCUGAUAUAGUGACUACUUAAAAAAGAGAAGGAAGAAAUGUGCUCGGAGUACACUGCAUAACUCUUGGUUUACCAGAUGUGGCCGCAGUAGAGCUAAGUAGUGACUCGAUCAAUUCUUUUCUUUCGCUGGGGGGAGGGGGUGGGGGGCUUAUCAGCAUUGUGCACACAGGUACGUGUAUAAUUACGCGCAGAACGUUGUAUGCUUCGGAAGGCGCCCAACGCACGCGAAAGGCCCGAUAGGCCGAAUAGUGUGCGAGGAAGUAUUCUCAAUUCGUUUGAAGCAGAAACCUCCAGGCGGCCUGCAGUAUGUGUUGGUAAUCUUAGUCACAGUAUGACGACAACUUCGCCUUUUAGAGUCCUAGCUGUAUUUUUUUUUCUUGGGGACUUAAAUUACAACGUUACUCCGGUGACUUUGGCCGAGUUCAAUACCUUCCCCCAUAAAAUCCCAAGGUUCGGGAUAUACAUGCGCGUCUCCAUUUGUCGUUACUUCUGCAGACAUACCGAAGAGCUUAUGAGUGAGCCAUCUGAGUGCAUCAAGCUGCUUUUCUAGGCAAAAGCGCUAUCUUGAAAUUUGUUACCGUUUUAGAAAACCGGAGGAGGUUUUGCCUUUUCACAUUCCGACCGUUGACUAGCCACCGGAGGUGAUAAUUUAAAGCUACAAUUCAAAGUAUGAUAAGAAAGACGUCUUGAAACAACCGAAAGUUGAAAAAGACAAAAUUUCGAGCGUCAUUAUCAUCAUCAUCAUCACUUAGCGAGUUUUGACUAAAAAUGGAGUGUUCCACCACCUGGCAGCGUUGUCGAAACAUUAAAAAGGAGAGAGAGAGAGAGAAAACGUUACGUGGGCUGCCCUCGGUGGGUCGUGUUGCUCGCCCACACGCUUUCCGCUGCAACUCCGCGUAAGUACCACAUAGUCGAAAUAAAUGGACGUUACCAAAUUGUUAAUCUGUUGGGUGCGCACUUGGACAAAGAAACAGCGCUUUUGAACAGAAGAAGAAGAGGAAACGACUAGACACACACGCCGCUGACUAGCAACCAUAAUGUUUAUUCGUGUUGGAAAGGCCACAUAUAUGCGGCCAUCGCCAAGUGCAAGAGAGCAGGACACGGUUAAAAUCACAUUAGAGAUAUAACAACUCUCUUUAUGUUGUUUAAGAUAUGUAAAUGUGUCCUGUUCUCUUGUAUUGGUGAUGGCCGCAUAUAUGUGGUCUUUCAUUACGAAUGAACGCUAUGGUUGCUAGACGGCGCUCGUGUCGGUCGCGUCCUCAAUCUUGUCUUGCUAUAAAACGCCGUUUGUUCAGACAAAUGUACAUUGUCGCUGCCAGCUAAGUGCGAAUUACUGUGACGACUGAACGCAGCCCUUUAUAUAUAUAUAUAUAUAUAUAUAUAUAUAUAUAUAUAUAUAUAUAUAUAUAUAUAUAAAGAGAUUGUCCGUAUUUCUAUCGGGUUGCUUCGGUGCCGUCAAAGCCUUAGUUAAAGCAUGGAGCAGCUAUACCGUCCAAGGCCGAACAUCACCUGCGCAACGUAGCAGAACACACAAACCAAUUAGGUGGGUUGACGAGAUCGAGCCCUGACCUUUGGCCCCUUAUUCAAGGGAGGUCAACCUGGGUCACGUGUGCCACCGGAAGCCUGUCCACCUGCCGAAACGUAGGUCCUCUAUGGUGUCAUCAUGAUAAAAACGAAGGGGGCAUCAUUUACGGCGUCUGCGCGAAGGGAACCCUCGUCUGUCAGCAUGUCCCCGUAUAACAAGUGUCAUCGCUCGCACGAUGCAGUGACUUAUUUGGAUGCUUCGCAUUGUUGUGAAAAACAAAAAUAUUGAAAUUAUUGGUUGUGACAAACAAUUAUUUUUUCUCUUGUGAAUAUAGGCAAGCUCUACCUGCGCUUUAGAUGUAUAAGAGGCUGUCUGGCGUAUUCAUCAAUGACACGCACGCUGUGAAAUCUCUUGUGGAGUUUGUUACGUUGUAUUUGACCGAAGAAUAAUAAAAAGUUAUGAAAAAAAAGAA